AUGGACACCGCCAGCAACGACGAUGCCGCAGAACCCGCUUCUCGUCAGAUGGAAGCUUUGCUGCACACUUUGAAAGUCAGCAGGCAGCCGCUCGUGUCUGACGCUUUCGUCGAGCAUUUUUAUGGCCAGGAGAUGGUACCGAAGCAGAACCAGAAAUCUGCAAAGUCUGGAACGAGAGAGAGGAGUGUGUUGGGUGAUCAAUACAACGAGCACAGUGCUUCGUUGGAGGAGCAGAAGCCGAACCCGGCGGAGUCUGGAUCAACAGAGAAGGUGCAUGCUGCAAUGUCGAGAUCGAGAAAGACGAGUGUGCCGGUUGCUCAACACAAUGAGCACAGUACUUCGUUCGAGGAGCAGAAGCCGGAGUCUGGAUCAACAGAGAAGGUGCAUUCUGCAAUGUCGAUAUCGAGAGAGACGAGUGUGCCGGUUGCUCAACACAAUGAGCACGGUACUUCGUUCGAGGAGCAGAAGCCGAACCCGGCGGAGUCUGGAUCAACAGAGAAGAGUGUACCGGGUGCAUACAACAAUGACACGCAAUCUAAAAUGUCUUCCCCAUUGAUCGAAUUCUCCACGCCCACCAAAACCGCCGUCGGCGAGGACGACCUCAUUGCCCAACAGGAGACGACUCCCCGACAAUCCAUUCGCAACGCCGCCCCCUCUACCGAGCUCCACGAAGACUUUUAUCGACGCCAACCAGCUGCUGCUGCUACCUUGCCCUUCGUACCCUCCAAAUCCCUCCAAAUCUUGUAUCCAGACCUAUCAGCUACGGUCCUCUCGCCAUCUGUCCCCUCCGAACUACGCAAGUACUUGCAUCAACACCGUCCAGCUGCUGCUGCCCUCUCGCCGUCGGUCCCUUCCGAACGCCUCGAAAACUUGAAUCAACACCCACCCUUCUCUGUACCCUCCCCGCUCCCGAAAAAGACACCAGAAAUGUCCGAAGGUGGUGGUGACAUCAGCCACCCACCCUUCCAGUACAAAAUACCACCAUCUCUCACCAUCAGGCGCAACGACCCACCGCACACCCAGACCACUCCUCGCGUAGAGGAGUCCGGUGGAACCUCCUCGUCAACGAGGGAGGACAACAACGACAAUAGUUCAUCAUCAACUCACCGCAGUCCUAGGAUGCACGAAGGAGGAAAGGAGGAGGGUCUAGAGGAGCACGAGAGCAUACUAGAAGAGAAGGAGGAGGCGCAAGGUCUAGGGCAAGAGAAGAAGAUGACGGAGGACAAGGAGGAGCACGAGAGCAUACUGGAGGAGAAGGAGGAGGCGCAAGGUCUGGGGCAAGAGAAGAAGAUGACGGAGGACAAGGAGGAACACGAGAGCAUACUGGAGGAGAAGGAGGAGGCGCAAGGUCUGGGACAAGAGAAGAAGAUGAUGGAGGAUGAGGAGGAGAUCUUCUCAAAGACAGCUCCCACUUCGGAGGGUAAGGGACUGCUCUCGAAGGGUUGGGAGACAGGCUGGAACAUUCUUCAAGAGUCCGGGAGGCGGACGUAUGAGUCUUCACCCCCAAAAAUCGAUCCCGACCAUGGAAUCGAUGCAGGAAAAGGGUCGUGA